ACCCUUGGCGCCCCAUCGCGCAUGCGCUGCGGCCGCGUCUCACCAGCAGCAGCGAAGGAGUUUGGAAGUUCAAAAUGGCCGCCGCGGUGGAGUCUGUGCUGCGGGAGCCCGAAACUGAAGAUGCAGAUAUUUCUGAGAGAAGUGUCAAUGAAGAAAAUGGGGAAAUAUCAGAAGGAGAGCAACCUCAGAAUAAGCACAGCCGACACAAAAAAAAGAAACACAAACACCGAAGUAAACACAAGAAACACAAACAUUCUUCAGAAGAAGACAAGGACAAAAAACAUAAACACAGGCACAAACAUAAGAAACAUAAACGGAAAGAGGUUGUUGAUGCCUCUGACAAAGAAGAUGGACCAGCAAAAAGAACUAAAAUUGAUUUCUUAGCUCCUCUAGAAGAUUUGGAAAAACAAAGAGCAUUAUUGAAAGCUGAACUUGAGAAUGAGUUAAUGGAAGGAAAAGUUCAAUCUGGGAUGGGGUUAAUAUUACAAGGUUAUGAGUCAGGUUCUGAAGAAGAGGGAGAAAUCAAUGAAAAGGUGCGAAAUGGUAAUAGGUCUUCAACUAAAUCAUCAAACACUAAGGGGAAACUAGAGCUUGUGGACAAUAAAACAAGUUCCAAAAAAGCAAGUAAGAAUGAAUCAAAGGAACGGACUAGGCACAGAUCUGAUAAAAAGAAAAACAAGAUAGGAAUUGAUGGAAUGAAAGAGAAAACAACUAGAAGCAAAUCAAAAGAGAGGAGAAAAUCAAAAAGCCCAUCUAAAAGAACUAAAUCUCAAGAUCAAACAAGGAAAUCAAAGUCACCAACCCUUAAAAGGCGGUCUCAGGAGAAAAACAGAAAGUCUAAGUCUCCUCCAGAGGAUAAGAAUAAAGCAGAUGAUAAGAGUAAAGCAAGAGAUCGCAGAAGGUCUCCAGUUGUAAAUGAAAGCAAAAGUCGAGAUCGUGGCAAAAAAUCCAAAUCUCCAAUAGAAUUAAGAAGCAAAUCCAAAGACAGAAGGUCACGAUCAAAAGAUCGGAAAUCAAGGAGAUCAGAGACUGACAAAGAGAAGACAAUUAAAUCUCCUUCAAAAGAUGCUUCUUCAGGGAAAGAAAACAGGUCUCCUAGUAGAAGACCUGGCCGCAGCCCUAAAGGAAGAAGCUUAUCUCCAAAACGUGAUAAAUUACGAAGAAGCAGAUCUCCACUUCUUAACGAUCGCAGAUCAAAACAGAGUAAAUCUCCCUCUCGAACUCAGUCUCCUGGUAGAAGAGCAAAGAGCAGAUCAGCAGAAAGGAAACGAAGAGAAUCAGAAAGGAGGCGUCUUUCUUCUCCCAGAACCCGACCUAGAGAUGAUAUUCUCUCUAGACGUGAGAGAUCAAAAGAAGCCAGCCCACUCAGAUGGUCACCAUCCAGAAGAAGAUCUAGGUCUCCCAUCCGAAGGAGAUCUCGUUCACCACUGCGACGCAGCCGGUCUCCAAGAAGGAGAAGCAGGUCUCCUCGGAGGAGGGAUAGAGGUCGGAGGAGUAGAUCUCGGCUUCGGAGGAGGUCUAGGUCACGGGGUGGUCGUAGACGUAGAGUAGUAGAAGCAAAUUAAGGAAGAUAAUUUAAAGGAAGUCUUUCUGAAGGCAUGAAAGCGGAGCAGGAAUCCUCAUCAGAUGAGAACCUUGAAGACUUUGAUGUAGAAGAAGAAGAUGAAGAAGCCCUGAUAGAGCAGAGAAGACUACAGAGACAAGCAAUUGUUCAGAAAUACAAGUACCUGACUGAAGACAGUAAUAUGUCUGUGCCAUCUGAACCAAGCAGUCCUCAGAGCAGCACACGUAGUCGUUCAAAUUCACCAGAUGACAUUCUAGAACGUGUAGCUGCUGAUGUUAAAGAGUAUGAACGGGAAAACGUUGAUACAUUUGAGGCCUCUGUAAAAGCCAAACACAACCUCAUGACGGUUGAACAGAAUAAUGGCUCAGCUCAGAAGAAGCUAUUAGCUCCUGACAUGUUCACAGAAUCGGAUGAUAUGUUUGCUGCGUACUUUGAUAGUGCUCGUCUUAGGGCUGCUGGUUUUGGAAAAGACUUCAAAGAAAACCCCAAUCUCAGGGAUAACUGGACUGAUGCAGAAGGCUAUUAUCGUGUUAACAUAGGUGAAGUUCUAGAUAAACGUUACAAUGUUUAUGGUUACACUGGCCAGGGAGUUUUCAGUAACGUAGUGCGAGCCAGAGAUAUGGCCAGAGCAAACCAAGAAGUGGCAGUCAAAAUAAUCAGGAACAAUGAACUUAUGCAAAAAACUGGUCUUAAAGAACUGGAAUUUUUGAAGAAGCUCAAUGAUGCAGAUCCUGAUGACAAAUUUCAUUGUCUACGAUUGUUCAGACAUUUUUAUCACAAACAGCACCUCUGUCUGGUAUUUGAACCACUCAGUAUGAAUUUACGAGAGGUACUGAAAAAGUAUGGAAAGGAUGUCGGUCUCCACAUUAAAGCUGUACGGUCCUAUAGCCAGCAAUUGUUCCUUGCAUUAAAACUACUUAAAAGAUGUAACAUCCUACAUGCUGAUAUUAAACCAGACAAUAUAUUGGUGAAUGAAUCUAAAACCAUAUUAAAGCUUUGAUUUGGAUCAGCUUCACAUGUUGCAGAUAAUGACAUCACACCAUAUCUUGUCAGUAGAUUUUAUCGAGCUCCUGAAAUUAUUAUAGGCAAAAUCUAUGAUUAUGGUAUAGAUAUGUGGUCAGUAGGCUGCACGUUAUAUGAACUUUAUACAGGAAAAAUACUGUUUCCUGGCAAAACCAAUAACCAUAUGCUGAAACUUGCCAUGGACCUCAAAGGAAAGAUGCCAAACAAGAUGAUCCGAAAAGGUGUAUUCAAAGAUCAACACUUUGAUCAAAAUCUCAACUUCAUGUAUAUAGAAGUAGACAAAGUAACAGAAAGGGAAAAAGUUACUGUCAUGAGCACCAUUAAUCCAACCAAGGACCUGUUAGCAGACUUGAUUGGGUGCCAACGACUCCCUGAAGACCAGCGGAAAAAAGUACAUCAGCUAAAGGACUUGUUGGACCAGAUCCUAAUGUUAGACCCAGCCAAACGGAUUAGCAUCAACCAGGCUCUGCAACACGCUUUCAUCCAGGAAAAAAUUUAAAUCAGAUGAAGAAGUCCUAAGGGUUUGAGUAGUUAAGAUACAAAGACUGAAGAAAUUUCACAGCAGUUUAUUAAUGUAUAUAAACAUAUAUAUUUCCCCCUGCAAAGUUGAGGAAGAAUGAUAUAUUUGAAUUAACACCAAGGCUGAUAUUUCUUUUAGAAAUGUUAGAGUAAUUCUGUUUGUGUCUUAUGUGAAAAUUUUCACUGUAGAACUGUUUUAAUUGCCAAGACUGCACACAAGUACAAUGCUAAUGUAUAUGGUUGCAGUUCAUAUAUUAUAAAAAAAAAAAAAAAAAAAAAAGCUUGUUAUAAAAGAACAGUAAUACUGGGUGGUUGAUUUGUUCUUAGCAGACUUGGCUUCAUUUUUGUCUUUAAAAAAUGGCCAGCAUAAAUGCUGUUUAUAUUCACGUUUUCCUAGGUGUGUGUGUGCAGGCCACAGCAGCAUGCCCUUGGUGUAGUCAGUGCCGAAGGGGGUCUGUUCCUUCUUGAGCCUGCCUGCAGGGAUGGUCUCCUCUUUUAAAGCAGGUUGUGUACAACUUUCAGUACACUGAAGGUAAGCUAAACCAUCAACAUCACCGGUGUUUAAGAUGUUAUUUUACUGGAACAACUGACAAAUGAGAGACAAUAGCUUUAUGGCAGAAUUCCCUGCAUGUUUGAUAAAUGAUGUUUUAUUUUCUGGCAUUGCAACUGUGGCAUAGUUACGACUUGUGUUCAGUUCAUCACAUUUAAAAUUUGGAGAAUGCGCACUUGAUGGAUAGAGCGCCUUCAGUGUACUGUUCUUAUUACUUUAAUUUUUUUAAUCAACUUGCUAUAGACUUUGUAUACAUUUUGUUAAAUAUAGUUCACUAUGACAUAGAACCAAUACUUAACAGAAAAGUUUUCAUUUACUAAUUACAUAUGUUGGCAUCUGAUUCUGAAAGACCUUAUAUCUAAAGGAUAGAUAGACAAUAUAAUGACAUUUUUAACUAUUUGUAUGUCAUUUUGAAAGUGUACUGCUUUAUGCUAAAAGUGUUUCAUUUGUUCAUUGUUUUCAUUAUUUGUGAUCAUGUUGUCUUUCAAUACAGGCAUAAACCUUCCACUCUUGAACAAAGCAGCUGCUUUUUAAAAGCGGUAAUUGCUUCUUUACCUUUUAUUUCUUUUGUAAAUGAAGCUUUUCUUUAAGAAAUGUGACAGUGUUGUCUCUUGCAUAAAACAGUUGACACUCACUUAUUGUAAAGUGAAGAUUGUUCUGCUGCAUGUAAAGUGGACCAUGCAGAUUUCUGUAUGUUUUCAGUAUGCAUCAUUAGAUAAUAAAGUCUUUUGUGAACAAGGCAUUUGUAGCCAUUUUUAAAAGAUUUUGUCUUCAGUGCUGGUAAAUCAGGUAAUACAUAAGAAGAAACCCUUCAUUUUUCUGUAAAUCCUUUAAUUAAAGGGAUUAUUAAAAGUUAUGAUCUUUGGAAGGUGAUAUUAAUUAGAUCUCUAAUUAUCAUCAUUGUAAAAGAAAACAAACCAAAAACCUACAGAUACUGUCUAUCUGCUUUCAUUGUUAUGAAAUUAUUCCUGUAGGAUGUAUGGUUGAAUUCAGGCUUUAACUAAUGUUUGUGCUAUUUUUCUCACUUUUCCUUUUGAUGGUGCUGAAAGAGAGAAAGGAAAGCGAGGCACAGGCCACUCUACGCCUACUCCAUGGGUCUGAUUUGAUGAGACACCAACUUCACCUUCCUAACAAGGUGCCGCUCAAAAGAAGAUGAUGACCACCAGAAGACAUGAACAAAGGGUAAGUGGCAGUAAACCUCUGAAGAACCUUUGAAUAUAUUGAUCCAUACACAGAAGGCUGAUCAUUCUGUGAGAAUACAGGAGAUAUAACGUAAUCUUCUACAGUGUAUUAAGUCACCAACUGUAACUUAUAGCAGCAAAUAUUCAAAGUGGCAAUUUCUUCAAGUUAAUAAAAUAAGAUUUCGGAAGUUA